ACGUUUGCUGUUGGCGUUUGCUCUGUUGACAUCCGGUCUGGAACACGCUGCGCGAGCUUCCCAGUUCAACUGUGAAAUGGCGUCAGGUUUCCGAAAAUCGACUCCUGCGACCAGCCAGCGGAAAAAGCCUGGACCUAAGAUCGAACUAACGGAGGAGCAAAAGCAAGAAAUCAAAGAAGCGUUUGACCUGUUCGACACCGACGGGACAGGCAGCAUCGACGUGAAGGAGCUGAAGGUUGCUAUGCGAGCGCUGGGCUUCGAACCCAAGAAAGAAGAAAUCAAGAAGAUGAUUGCAGAUAUUGACAAAGAAGGUUCCGGCUCCAUCGACUUCAGCGACUUUCUCAGCAUGAUGACUGUGAAAAUGAGUGAAAAAGAUUCCAAAGAGGAAAUCCUGAAAGCCUUCCGGCUCUUCGAUGACGACAGAACAGGAAAAAUCUCCUUCAAAAACCUGAAGCGUGUUGCCAAAGAGCUGGGCGAGAACCUGACUGACGAGGAGCUGCAGGAGAUGAUCGACGAGGCCGACCGGGAUGGAGACGGAGAGGUGGACGAGCAAGAGUUCUUCAGGAUCAUGAAGAAGACCAACCUCUACUGACCUCCUGCUUGGCUUCUCUAACCUUUCUUAACUGAACUGUUUCACUGUACAGACACUAAGCUUUUGACUGAUGAAAUAAACUGUUUUCUAGUCCUGUUGAACUAUGUGUUGCAUCCCAAUAUUUCCCAAAAGCAAAAAUGCAUUUAAGUACUAAUGAAUUGCGUGAUAUUAUUUUAGUCUUA